AUGUCAAAUAGGGCAAGAGACUUACUCGAGCGAAUGGCUCAAAUGGUGAUUGUCGCUAAGUGCAAGUGUGCAUGGCAAAGAUCAAAAUCUAUGACACAUGUGAACUGCUUGAGAAUUGAUCCGUGGAUCGUAGAGGAGCUCAUUGAAGCUGUUGCUCUUGCUAGAAUCGAGAACGAUUCAUCAGAUAAUUCAGUGAUGUACACAGAGAGUUUGGAUAGUUUGAAAUGA